AUGAAGGCUGCUCUUUUAUUGGCAGCCUUGACCUUCAACUGUAUCCUCUAUACAUUAACCACAGCAUCUCCAGCACCAGUAUCAUCACUAUCAGGCAAGUGCUCACAAGCCCUCGACGCACGACAACAACUCAGCAAACGCUGGCAUGCAGAGCCACCGCCAGUGCUAAAGUCGGCGUGUCUGGCAGUCGACAAGGCCAACGGACGGACAUUCAUCAUCGGAUACGACUCCAAAGAGGUCCUGACCUUCAACUUUAUCAACUCGACCGAGGCGUGCGACAGUACCAAGGAUGAAAAGCAAAAAGGAGACCAGGCAGACAGCGAGGAGGAAUGGCAAGACAAGGAGGCCGAAGGGUUUGAUUGGCAACAUGCCCAGUGGACCUCACUCCCUUAUCCAGGUGGCGCUGUCCAUCAGGGGCGCAGGUUCGACACGGAGCAUUGCUUCCUUUCCAGCGACCACAAAUUCAUGGUCCCCAGCUACGAGCGCGAUGGCGAGGGUGGCUUCUCGGUCUGGGACCACAACCAACGGACCUGGACACAUGCGCGUCUCAACAAGGAGUGCUCCUGCCAUGAGGAGAGCUUUGAAAAGGGCAACAAGAUCAAAGUCAAGGCCGAUGCCAAGCAGAUCAAAUUUGACUAUCCCAACCAGUUCGCUGUCGUCUACCAGUCCUACCGUAAAGAGGCUCCUGCUCAUGACAGCCUUAGUGCCGGCUCCGAGGAGGUCAUUGACACGGUGGUCAUCCAUUGGAAGGAUGCCAAUGAGAGGGACCAUUUGACGGGUGUCCAGCUGGUAAACCAUCAGGUCUACUCUUGCCACGACAUUAAGGUUGCUCGCGAGGUGAUCCCUUCCAACCUGACCCUCAUCACCGCGCCCCUCAAUCCAAACCACUAUACAUUCCACAAGAACCCCAAAAAGUACAAGCACGAGGGUGACCACGGCAGUCGCUGUGAGAACACAACCCUAUUCCUCUUUGGCCCACAUGGCUCUGGCUGGUUCGACAUCUCGAUCGCUGACCGUCCAAGCCCUCGACCCGUCGAUAUCCUCUACCAUGAGCAUAAGGGCCAUGAGGAGAAGGGAGGGUUCCAUCCUUUGCCUAACUUGGAGGUCGAGUAUCCACGCUCUGUGCAUUAUGGAGGUCAGCUUUGGAUCUUUGGCAAGAACCCCAAGGGAGUAGGUGUAUGGAGCAUCGACACCACCGAAUCCAAUCACGGCUACGAGAUCGUCGCCCAGUCACAGGGCGGACCCAGCCCCGGCGGUCUGGCCUGUGCCAGCUGCGGUGACGGCAUCAUCGUCUACGGUAGCUGCGAUCGCAAUGAGGACUGCAGCACUAACCUUGCCCACGGUGAGGGAGGCAAACUGGGCGGCUUUGCUCCUGUCUCGAUCUAUCGUCCUGGUACUCGUAAUGGCGAAGAUGAGGAUGAUGAUAACGACGAUGAUGAGGGUGAGGAGGAAGGUGAGAACGGCGAGGGACAUGAAGGCAGUGAGAGUGGUGAAGGUGGCCAUCAAGGCGGCUCUGGAGGAAGCGGUGGAAGCACUGGUUCUGGCGGCUCUGGUUCCUCUGGUUCUGGAGGAUCUGGCGGCUCUGGAGGAUUUGGUGGUUCUGGUUCCUCUGGUUCAGGCGGCUCUGGCUCCUCUGGUUCUGGAGGAUCUGGUGGCUCUGGUGGUUCUGGAGGAUCUGGCGGCUCUGGUUCUUCUGGUUCUGGAGGAUCUGCAGGUUCUGGCGGCUCUGGUGGUUCUGGUUCCUCCGGCUCUGGAGGAUCUGGUGGUUCUGGUUCCUCCGGCUCUGGAGGAUCUGGUGGUUCUGGUUCCUCCGGCUCUGGAGGAUCUGGUGGUUCUGGUUCCUCUGGUUCAGGCGGCUCUGGCUCCUCUGGUUCAGGCGGCUCUAGCUCCUCUGGUUCUGGAGGAUCUGGCGGCUCUGGAGGGUCUGGUGGUUCUGGUUCUAGCGGUUCUAGCGGUUCUGGCGGUUCUGGCGGUUCUGGCGGCAGCGGUGGCUCUGGGGGAUCAGGUGGAUCCAGUUCUGGUGGUUCUGGUGGUUCUGGUGGUUCUGGCAGUAGUGGAGGCUCCAGUUCAGGCGGCAGCGGAGGUUCUGGCUCUGGCUCUGGAGGCUCAGGUGGCGCCGGUGGCGCAGGCUCUGGUGGAUCGAGCGGAAGCGGAGGUGCCGGCGGUACUGGCUCUGGUGGAUCGUGGUCUCCUGACUCUGGGAUCCCCAGCGGCACUAUCCCUGAAGGUGUUCCUGGCGCACCCAUCUCUGGAUCGCCUUAUCCUAACCCCGACGCCGGCGGUCAGGUCAUGGUCGGUGCCAACCAGACAGCCACUGUCACCCCUGGCGCGACUGUCACCGCAACCAUUGAUUCUGUCCCCACAGCCCCAGGUGGUAUUCUCCCUGGGGGAGGGGCCAAGACAAGCGGCGAUGGAUCCCAUUCCAAUACUUCCAAGAUUCUCGGUGGUAUUUUUGGUGCUCUUGGUCUCAUUGCUUUGGUUGGAUUGCUAUUCGUGUUGGCCAAGAAACGACGCGAGCGUCACGACGAUGAUGAAGCUGAUGCUGGUGGACCUGGCGCCGCUGGUCCUGGUGACGACACCCUUGGCGGCGGUGGCUCAAUGGGUCCUGAUGGUACCUUCUACAGUCCUGGAAUCGUUCCUCCCAAGCAGCAUACUCCUGGAGCACCUGGUGGAAGUAUUCCACCAUUGGCCCCCGUUGGUGCUUCCGGUUCUGGCGCACCUUCUGGACCUGGCGGUCCCACUGAUGGUGGGUAUGCUUCCGGUUCUGGCGCACCUUCUGGACCUGGCGGUCCCACUGGCGGUGGGUAUGCUACCGGUCCUGGUGGUCCUUCGUCGUCAACUGGUGCUCCCGGCGGUCCAUCUGGUUUGGCGAUCGGAACUGCGGCCGCUAUCGGUGGUGGUCUGGUUGCUGGAGCGAUUGCCAACAAGCACAAGCGGAAGGAGUCCCUCAGCCCCAAGGACCAACAUCAAGACCAACCCUUUGAAGCCGGUCAUGUAACAGGCGAGGACUCACCAACUGAUAAUGCGAACAAUAGCGUCCUCAAUGCCAAGCGCAGCUCUAAGGCCAAGUUCUUUAUGGGCGGCGGUGAUUACAAGCCUCCACUCCGUCGUCCAAGCCCUGUCCUCCCCGAACCCACGACCCCCAUGCUUCCUAUCACGACCGUCGGAUCCAAGACUGAGGUUGUUGACGAUACCCUCGAUAAUGUUGAAGUCCAGCCAAGAGAGGAGCAUGUGGUGCCAAGCGCUGUAGGUAGCACUACCCAGGGCAGCACUACCACUGUCACUCAAACCAACUCCGGCACCUCGUCGUCGAAGAACAAUGGUGCCAUCCUUGCCGGCGCCGCUACUGGUAUUGCCCUCGCUGCCGGUGCCAUUGCGACCGCCCAUCACUCGAACAAGGACACCCAUGUCGACGGUACAUCGUCCAAGACGACGACUACCAACGGCGGCAAGUCGACGACUACGACUACGACAGUGACCGGAUCCGGUUCUGGCCCACAUGAGACUGCAGAAGUCCUCCACGGAACCGACGACACUCUUGAGGGAGUGAUUCCAGGCCACGGUCGCUUUGAGAGCACUGCCAGUACUGGUAUGAACAACUCUGGUUCUUCCUCGGUCAUGUACCAGAGCGGAUCGACUUCGACUACCUCGAUUGGAAGUAUGCAUGUCGUCGGCGGGAACCAGAUCAUCACCUCGAAUGGAAAGACGACUGUGACUACGUCGUCGUCGGCUGAACGUCUUAUCGGCGGAAUGGUCGUUGCAGGCGCUGCGGCCGGUGUGUUGACACAGCAGCAGAAAGGACAGCAGCAGCAACACAUCUUGCUUCAGCGCCAGCAAGGACCCCCAACCAUCCACAAGACCCAGAUCACCCUCAAGUUGAGCAUCAUUCGCUACGAGCGGUCUGAUGCCUCCCAGGCAACGCCCAAUGCCAAGCCAGGAACGCUCAUGUUCUCUCAGGUCGAGAUGUUGGAGGGUGCUCCUGAUGUCAGUAUCCCUGGCUCUGCAUUCUCGCAUGUCCGCGACGCGUCCAAGGUCACUGGCCAAGAGGAAGGUCUGCCCUCCCCUGUGGUGCCUGGACCCUCUGGAGCAACUAGAAGCACAGAGUCUGAGGUUCGUGAGCGGUCGUUGAGAUGGAUGACGAACGAGUUUAAGUGGAAGCGUGAGGCGGGCAUGUUGCAGCACCUGAGAUCCGAUGUGCACAUUGCCGAGCUCUUCACUCUGUACUCGUUGCCGUCCUUCGCCGAGUAUCGCUACGUGUCUGUGAUGGGUCCUUUCACGCGCACCUUGGAUACUUACAUCAAGGAGCGCCGUGGUAUCCGCACCACGCCUUCCUCGCAGCCUCUGACACCCGAGCAGGCCUCGUUGCAAGCCAAGGGUCCAUUGAGAGUGGAAGAGAUCAAGAGUCUGACCGACAGCAUUGCCUCUGCUCUCAAGUGGUGCCACGACCAUCAUGUCGUCCACCUGUCGCUCUCGCCUUCAUCCAUUUUCCUGCAAGAGUACUAUUCCGAGCCUGAUGGUCAGGGCGGAUACCGCGCCUCUGUCUACUCGAACUACUCGAGCCGCAACUCGACUGCUAACGAUGGUGAUGCACCGACUAUUGUGCAGCAGUGGAAGUUGUGGGAUUUCAGUAAUGCACGGUUUGUGGGCGAGGCUGUCGACCUGACGAUGGACACGAGUGGUUACACCUCCCCCGAGAUCCUAAUUACUUCCCGUCGUCACUCUCGAACGACCACCACUGUCAAGUCCGAACCCGAGAACCCGAACCAGGACACAAAUGUCACAACAACAGUGUCACCCGAUGGAGUCGUGACCAAGACGACGACGAUCAAGUCUUCGAGUGCCGAGGGCAGCGCGACGGUGAUCCGUAGCCAGGACCAGGAGAAGUUGAUGGCGACUCAGACGAUGGAUAUGUGGUCAUUGGGCCAGAUCGUGUACGAAAUGCACACGACUCAGCCCAUGUUUACGUCGGCCGAGGAUGCGUUGGAGAAGUUGACGUCUGCGCUCGAGAAGCAAGAGGACAGCGAGGAUGGGGAUGACGUUGCAGACAAUUUGGACAAGGCCAAGGCGCACGACAAGAUCCGUCAGCAGUUGCAGGAUCAGAUCCAGAAGAUCCAAAACAUCCCAGACAUGGGUGCUCGCGAGGUCAUCACGGGUCUGUUGGAGAUGCAACAGGAGCGCCGUUUGGACCAUGAGGAGAUCCGUAACUUGUACCUGGACCUGUAG